ACGUCACUGAGCUUCGCCUCGGGAUUGGCUGGUGAAGUUUUGAACAACUUAAACGGUUUCAGCGCGGACGACUGCAGUUACCGUCCUGUUGAGAGUUUACACAUGAGCUGUAAAAGAAUGGAAACCCUUUUAGCACAUUUAUUUUUACGUCAGUAUGCAAUUGAUUUAGCUUUUAAAGUCAGCGGAUCAAAGAUCAUUGGAUUCCCCUUUCAGAGACUCGGAUAUCAAAGGCCGUCAACAUGAGCUCCAUACUAUCAUCCAUACAAUCCCUCAUGCAAAUGUUUGAUGGCAAAGCCAAAGAAUUCACCAAUGACAUUGGUAAUGUCCACAUGGUUUGGCUUGAGGAGAUCCAACAAGAAGCCAACCGCAUGUUCUCAAGAGAUUUUAAUGCUGAACCAGAAUUGAUGCCAAAAACACCGUCACAGAAAAAGAACAGUCGUAGGAAGCGUGUAUCUUUGGGGCAUCAGGAAGAAAAUCAAGCCAGGCGAAGAUUUUCAAAGGGAAAGCGCAGUAACCUUCGCGGCAACGCCAUCGUAGCACUGAACUUCAUUGAAGAAGAGAACAUUCCCGAGGCCUCCACCUCUCAGGCUGACACCACCGCGCAGCCUAAACGCACCACCCGCAAGAACAAACAAACAAAGGCAGAGGCGGCAGAGGAUGUGAUCCAGCCACAUGGCAGCUGUGAAACUGAGGAGGUGCAGAACAAGAAGCCGGAGCUCGUCGAGGAGGAAGAGAUUGCCAAAGUGAACAAUGCUGAAGACGAGCCGGACUUCCUAUGUAGCACCGCCCAGUCUCCACCUACGUUACCCUUGCCCGAGGUUGUUGUCAGCAUCUCUACAUCAGACAGAUCGUCUGCUGAGAUGGCUAAAAAUCUGCAGAGCAAAGCUCCUGGCCGUACUGCUGCUAAGAUCACAAUAGCUGGCACAGCUCAAAGCUCACGGCGGAGCUCUAUCCGGUGCUCCCUCAAGCUACGUCACUCGCUGGCCGGUCUGCGGCACAGUAUGACACAGGAGUCUAUUCGCCGCUCCUCCCGCCGUAGCAUGCUUAAGAGGAAGGUGUCUCGCAUGGGCAAUUCCACAUGUAGCAGCAACGUUGAUGAGAACUCUAGCGUGGACUCUCUUGAGGAAGAGGAUAGAGAGGCCAUGUCGGAUGCUGUAAGUGCAGACGUGGAAGAAACCGCUGCAGCUGAAGAAUGUAUGGAAACUCUCGAGCUCCAGAUUAACCAGAGCUUACAUCCAUCUGCCGGACGCGUUACUCGCUCUGUGACUGCGAACACUGAACUAUCAGUGAGCACUCCCAACAAGAGAACAGUCGCUGGGAAUCUACAGAUGUCAGGUCGCAGGUCACGCCUGAGUAGCAAACGCAAAGCUCCAGACACUGCAGAGGAAAGUCCCACCAAGAAACCCCAUCCUCCUAAGAAAAGUCAAAGUGCGAUGAGGCCCAACAUGAGAUCCUUUCUUCACACUGUGCAGAAGAAUCAGAUGCUAAUGAUGACUCCGAAUUCCCUCGGCCGGACAGCUGUUAUCAAGUCCUUCAUUAAACACAACACUCCUCUGAAGAUUGAUUCCAAGUCGAGCGCUGGUAUAGUGACAAAAGAGCGUUACAAACUGGAAGCACUUAAGAAGAAGCAGGAGCAAGAGGAGGAAAGGAUGAAGAAAAUGGAGGAGGAGAAGAAAAGGAAACAGGACGAACUUAAAAGAGAGGACGAGAGGCUGAAAAGAGUGUUUGAGGCCAAAGUUAAAGAAGAGCAGCGGGAGGUGGAGAAGAAGAAGAAGAUCGAGCAAAAAAUGAUUCAGAUUGAUGAGAAAAAUGAUAAGCGCCACGCUGAGGAGAAGGCCAAGAAGAAGGUGGCCAUUAAACGUCAAGAGGAGCUGGAGGUGAAGAAGAAGCUGGAAGAAGAGGCUAAGAGGAAGAAGACUCAGCAAGCAGAGGAAGAGAAGUGGCAGCUGGAGUUACUGGUCAAGAAGAAGGCCGAGGAAGAGAAGCGGCAGCUGGAGUUAGUGAUCAAGAAGGCCGAGGAAGAGGAACAGCGAGCUCGUAAACUGGCUGAAGCUCGCCGAGCGCUGGAGCUGAAGAGAGAGCAGGAGCGUGAGAGAGAGAGGGAGCGACUAGCUGCAGCUGAAAGUGAGCGAGUGGAAAAAGAAAAGGUUCUCACUCUGCAGUGGGAACUGGAGAGAGCAGCAAGAGAGAAAGAGAGGAGGGAACUGGAGGAGAAAAGAAGACGGGAGGAGCAGCAGAGAUUAGCUGUGCAAGUGAAAGCUGCGAAAGAGAGAGAAGCUGCUGCUAAAAAGGCUGCUGAUGCACAGAAGGCUGCUGCUAGCUUGAAUGUGACUGUGGACAUUGAGCGCACUGUAAUGACCACGCCUGCAGGAAAAGGUGGAGGCCUCAAUGUGACCGUGGAUAUUGAGAAAUCCCCACAAUCGUACUACAUCACUCCAAAGGGGGGCAACAAGCCCAAAGUUACAGAAGAUUAUGGGAUGGACCUAAACAGUGACGACUCAACUGAUGAUGAGUCUGCGCCACGGAAAGCUAUUCCAUCUUGGGCAGAAAGUCACAAUCUGCAGCAGAUAAUCAUGAAGCAGUACUUCAACCCUCCUGAUUUAGACUCUUUCUUCGGAACAAUUGAACCACCAAAACUGGAAAACAUCUUUUACAAGAGCAAGCCUCGCUAUUUCAAACGCACCAGCUCUGCUGUGUGGAACUCUCCUCCAGUUGGAAGCAAGUAAUGUGUGUAUACUGACGCAGAUACACGUGCAUUGCUGCGCACACUUUGUUUUAAAGUUUGAUCUGUUGUUUUAAAGUCCGUUUCCGGUAUAUUUGUUUAAAAAUCUAUUUCCAAUAAAGCAACGUAUUUUCCAGGAGAUUUUUUUUCUGUGUUUAAAGUUUUAGUCGAUAUUUUAGGAAUAGUCUUACUAGUAUGUACAAUAUUAUGGAUAUAAGUAUAAUUGAUGCUUCACGCUUGGACUUGGAAAUGAGUGUUUUAUAAGUGGGAUUUGAAUGUUUUUGCCAAGUGAUCAGUAAAAACUUUCAUUUGUACAAUGUGUACUGACUGUAAAUGAUGGUAGGAUUCUAAUGUUUGGGAUUUAUUCAGGUGCAUUAAAAUGGUUGAAAAAAUAAA